AUGUUCUGGGCUGCCGCAGAGCACGGACUGACGGCUCACCUUAUUGCCCGAGGCCUGAGGGGAGAAGGGAGGGGCUCACUGCCACGGGCUCCGCCCGCGCCCCUGCCCCGCCGCCCCCCCCCGCCCCUCUGCCUGGAGCACCCCCGCCCGCCCCGGUCCCGCCUCGGUCCCGCCCCGUCCCCCCGCAACCGUCUCGAUGUACUCGGACUUGUUGUACAGGCAUCUCGCUCAGCUCCAUCGCUGUCCCCGCCGCUUCCGCACCGGGCACACCCGGAUCCGGCGCGUCACUUCCUGGUUCGCCAAAGGAAGAGAACUUCCGCCUCUGGCCGCCCCGUUGCUAUGGACACGGAAAGCCCGCGCGCUGUGCGCUUCCGGGCGGGAGCGAGUAUGGAGGGAGCGGGAGGCCCGGAGGGAUACGGGCGGGAUGGAGGCGGCGGGAACGGGAGCGGGAGCGCUCAGCGGCGCGAAAAGGAGAAGGUGCGGGGGGAGCGGGCCGUGCGGGGCUCAGGGCCGGUGGCGGCGGUGCCAGCCCCAGCCCCGUCCCGGUACGUUGUGUCUUGGCAGCUGAGGGAGAAGCUGGCGCUGCUGCGGAGGGAGUACAGUCAGACCGUCAGCCGGCUGCGGCGGGCGCGGAGAGCCGAGCGAGCCCGGAGCCACGGCUGGGGCGGGGAGGCGGGAGGAGACCGGCGGCAGCCGAGCCCCCUGACAUUUUAUCCCCCAGGUCCCAGAGGUGAUAUAUUGCUUGGUGCUGACAAACCUGCAGCCUCCUCCCAGUUACAGACUGAUCCCUGCUCUGAUCCUGACACAGAGAAGAAAACAUCUGGCAGUUGUAAGCUCAUUCCUGAAGGCCCUCAGGAGCAGGGCAGCCCCCAGGCAGAGAGCAGCAGCUGGGCAAGCAUUAGGCCUGCCCCUGAGGAGAGGAAAUCCCAAACCUCCAGGAGCUUGAUGAAGCUGAGGAACAGGUGAAGGCUGUGUGGUGAGGACAGGGAACCUGUGUGUGAGGUGCUCCCAGUCGGUGCUGGUGGUAUGGUGAAACACCAAAGUGUGGGUGCAGGGCAGCUGCAGUCACCAGUCUUCAGGAGGAGCAGCAUCCCCAGCACUGAGGGAAAGGCUCAGAGAGCAUCCAGAGCAGUGCUGGUGCAGAGAGAAGAAAACACUUUGACUCCUCCAGUGCAGCCUGUGGAGUGGUGCAGGGGGGCUGGCAGGACAGUGCCCUCCCUGCAGCUCCUGAGCUGUUCUCCUGUCUGCUGGGGCAGCCCCAGUCCCUGGGUGCUGGGGCCACCUCUGGCUCCUGUGAGCCUGCCAGCCUGUGUCCAGAGGAUGGGGACUCUGCUGCUGGACACCAGUGGUGGUGGAGGGGAGGAAUCCUCUGGUGUGAUGGAACAAGGGGAUGGGAAGUGUGUGUGUGAAGAUCAGGAAGAUUUACACAGGCUCUUGGAUUUCAUGUCAGAAAAUGAAGUGUUGCCUGCUGAUGGAAAUAACACCCAACCCAACAUGGGCUCUGGAGGAAACCAGAGGGACACGAAGCCCUUUCCUGCAGAUCUUGCUGUGGGCAAUGCUGAAGAACUGCUGGAGAACCAAAGAGCUUGAAACUGGUUCUAGCCCUUCCCCUGCAGAGGGGUGGCAGCUCCUGGGAGCUCCCUGAGCUCCUGCACAGUGGUUGAAGGGGCUCCUUUCCCCGUGGAAUACUACGUCAGGACAACUCGGCGCAUGUCCAGUUGCCAGAGGAAAGUGGACCUGGAUGCUGUCAUUCUCAGCCAGCUGGGCAGAGGCAAGAAAGGCCAGAGGAGUAAGGGCAGGCAGGGAGCUGCACACCCAGAGCAGCCCUCACAGGAAAAAGGUUUGGAAAUGAUUUGGAGUCAGGGGGCCACGCUGCUCCCUUUCCUCCGGUGCAGAAAAUGAUCCGGAAGCUCAGGGGGCCCUCAGACAUCUGCUCCUGCAUCCAGUGGCAGCAGCACUUCCCUUGGAUCCCUUUCUCAGAACAGUAUCCCCAGCACCAAGCCAGGUGAGGGGCGACUGCAGAGGAAAGCAAAGGGAGAGAUCUUCCUGCAGAGCCUCUGCACCGCAGCUCCUCACACCCAGGAUGGCACUCAGCUGUCACAGGAGUGCCAGGGGGAAGGCAGGAACUGUGAGGCUCAUCUUGGAAAACCCAUCUUUCAGCCAAGAGAAGGCUGUCUGCUGACUGGGGAGGCAGAAGAGACCUGCACCACCCAGCUGGACACUGCUGACCCUGCUCCCAAGGAAAGCUCAGUGCUCAGCAAACACAGCACGGCUCUGGCCGAGCAGCUUCAGAAUCCCCUUCAGAGCAGCCAUUCUCUGCCCCAGGGAAUUGAAACGCAACUCCCCUGUGUGUCAUGGCUGAUCACCCAUCCCCUGGAGCACCUCAGGAAUUCACCCCUGCAUGGGUCUCUGGGGCUGAGUCAGCCCCGGCGCCCAGCAUCCCCCUGCGCCGCUCCCUGCGCUGCUCCGGGAGGCAGAGAGGCAGCCCAGCCCCCACAGAUGAGAGGAAAGGAGGACACAGCCAGGCAGCGGUGGGGUCCUGCUCCUCUCAGCCCCCCUGCUGUGCACCCCCAUGCUUCUGUUUCACUCCUCUCCUUCCACAAUCUGCAGUGCCUCAUCCAGCUGGGCAUCAGAGACUUCCACUUACCCAAUGAGGAAUUUGGACCCCUAAAACUUGAGAAAUUAUCCUCCCCUGUGAAUGACUUGGAGGUUUUCGUUCCCAGUGUGUUUGGAGGUGUGUGGCUUCAGAGGGCACAGCAGGCACAGCAAUGGAUUCCAGAAGACAAGAGGAUCACCAGCAGUUUGAGUUUGCCUUCCAAAAACGGAUGUCCCAAGUUACCUCGUGGGGGAAAGCCCAGCUUCCAAGAGGAAUUUUCCACCCACGAGCUGCUGUUUACACCCCUGGGGACUCUCUCAGCUGGUGCCCCCACACAGCCCGAGUCUCGUUCUUCAUCCAUUUUCCCGUGUGUGGGUGCAACCCCCUGCUGUUUGUCCCAGGCCAGCCCAGGCACACUGUCUGUGCCUCCCUCACAGCUGAGCCUGGGUUCUCCAAAGAAAUCUCUGCCCAGGGCCAUGGAUGGUGGGGAAUGCAAGCCCCCUGCCCUUCCACUACCCUGGGACAGCUGUGGUGCGAACUCUAGAAAAGAGGGAGAGCAAGGUGAGCAGAGACCCUGCAGAGCUGCUCCUGAUCAAAGAACAGAUGUGGCAGAACAGCUGACUCCAGCACUGCCUGAUGGCCUGAGAGAAGAGAGCUUGCAGCUUGUAUCAAAGCUAAAGGAUUCUUCAGGCUCCUGGGCUGUGGAUGUGAGCACGAUGUGGUGGGAAGCAGCUGGCAGCAGGGACUGUGUGGUGCUGGCCUCUGAGAGCUCUGUGUCCCUGUGGAAACCUCUGGAAUCCAAACUGGGAAAGCUCCACACUUGGCAGCUCGGGGAGAUUCCUGUAAUCCAGAUCAUUCCUCUGCCAGACACCUGUAACCUUGUGGGCAUAGCACUGGGAGAGUUGGAGAUUGGAGAAAUAAGGUGGUGCUCUUACUUUAUUUCUUCUGAGGGUGACUCAUUCAGGCAGUCACUGGUAAAAGGCUGGAAACAUAAAAGCCAGUUUCUUGGGCUGCAGGAGAGGAGGCUGGUCGCAGCAUGCAGGACUGGGCAAGAGCAGCAAGUGGAAAUGGUGUCACUUGCAGAAACAAGAAGGUGCAAGGAUGGACAGACACUGAUGCCCCCUGAAAGAACUGUUUUAGCUUUUGCUGAGGUGGGAAUGAGAGAGGCCUUGGUGGGCAGCACUGCAGGGAACAGCAUUGUGGUUGGAACCUGAGGGACAGGCCAAGCUGCUGAGAGGAUGCAGAUUGGAUAUUCCUACCCAGCUUCCAUCUGCCACAGGGCCUAUCCCGAGGCGGGCCUUCUCUUUGUUGUUUUAAGCCAUCCCCACGCCAAGGAGAGCGAGCCCUCUGGAACCCCUGCCUUCUGCCUGGUGGCCUUCAACCCCAAAACUGCCCUCAGCACGGUGAUGUCCUCCUCCCUCCCUCCGAGGCAGGCUGGCAGGUACCUGGAGGGGGACGUCAAGGGCAACUCUGCCUGGCCCUGCUCACCCUCGGGGCACAUCGCCGUCUGGGACCUCUUGGGGGGGGCAUGCACGGCGCUGCUGCCCCCGGACCCACAGAGCAGAUGGGCACUGGCCCGCUGGGCCGGCACCGGGACCUGCCUGCUGGCCGGGCAGCGGGACGGCACUGUCUGCCUCUAUCGGUACCGGCACCCCGAGCCCGGAGCAGCCUGACCAGGGCUGUGGGGGGAAGGAUCUAAAGCA